AUGAAUCUCAACCUCUCCGGCACGGUAAAUGUGUUCAAGCUUCUGUUCAAGCCCACGCUGUGUCUGCCGCAGCAUACGGUCGCGACGUUCAACGACCUGCCCAUCCCGUUUGAAAAAGCCUUUGAGGGCCAGAAUCGGAAAUGCGACAUCAGGGCCGUGGUGCUCGACAAGGACGACUGCUUCGCGGUUCCCCACACCAACGAGGUCCACAAGCCCUACAAGGAGCGCUUCGAGCAGCUCAAGGCCGCGUAUCCCGGCCGCCGGCUGGUCAUCGUCUCCAACACGGCCGGAGCGACGUCCUAUGACAGCUCCCUCGAGCUGGCCAAGGAGCUCGAAGAGGCCACCGGCAUCACCGUCCUGCCUCACAAGACGAAGAAGCCCGGCUGUGGCUCCGAGAUUAUGGAGUACUUUCGCAAGCACCCCGAGACGGGCGUCUCCCAUCCGUCUCAGGUUGCCGUCGUCGGCGAUCGCUUGACCACCGACAUGAUGCUCGCCAACAUGAUGGGCGGCUGGGGAUUUUGGAUCAGAGAGGGUGUUGUUGCUCCCGAGAAGAAGAGCAUUCUCUCGAGACUUGAAUGGCGACUGGCAGCAGCGUUGACUGCCAGGGGGUACAAAGCAGCCGACCCCCAGAGUCCUUUUGAGGCCCAGUGCAUCGUUGUGCUGCUCGUCUCGGUUGAAGUUCUCCAAGGUCAAAGAGAGUUCAGCUUCAACUCUCCACAGGCCUUUUGCAGACGACGGUGGACGAAUAUCGACAUGUCGAAGACGAUCCAGCAGAUGGCUCAGCAGCAGAUGGAGUUUCGGUCAACUCAGGGGCAAGUCGUUUGUUGGACUGUCUUUGACAUCACCGAAAACUGGUUGGAGUCCCAAGCUUCUGCUUGCUCAGGCCUUUGGCCAUAUCGAUCCUCGUCAACAUUCAUUCACACGCAAGGCAUCGAUCCUGAGAAGCCACAUGGAUGCUUGCUGCUGUCUCCUGAAGACCUGUCCAUGGUUGCGUCGCCAUCACUCGUCCAAUCUUUCAUCGCAUCGACCUUUCGUCGCAUCACCAAUCCAUCGCACAACCUAUUCACCACAUCGACUCUUGACCGCAUCACCACUCCGUCACAUCAGUCUUCCGUCGCAAAGCCCUUCUAUCGCAUCACCUUUCCGUCAGAAAACUCUUCCACUGCAUCACCUUUCAACCGCAUCGCCCCUCCGUCACAUAACCUAUUCACCACAAUAUGUUUCUACCGCAUCGCCAAUUCACCGCAACCUCUUGGGAUUCCGUCGCAUCACAACCAGAAGAUUUGCUUUGGGCGGAAGAGGUGGCCUUCCAUCGCAUCACCCUUCCGUCCCAUCACCCUUCCGUCCCAUCACCUUCCGUCCCAUCACCUUCCGUCCCAUCAACUUCCGUCCCAUCAACUUUCCGUCUCGUCACCCUUCGACCGCAUCAUGAUUCGACUGCACCACCUAUUCACCGCCAUGGGGUCACUCAGCCCAUCACGGCCCAUCAUGGCCCAUCACGGCCGCCUCAACCACCCACAAUAUAAAUAUCAACCUACCACCCGCCUACAGGAGUCCGGCCACUCCUACUUCCUCAGGGCAUACUUAUUCCUUCCUACUUUUGACGCGAGCGCCAAUAUUCUUCUUUCCGACCGCCAAUAUCUAAUUGCCUCGAGAGCUUUCUAUCGCAACUACGACACCCUUACCGCGACAAUCCUGCACCACACCAACAUGCCCGGCAAAGCGUGGAGCAAAGAGGAAGAGCGCGUCUUCUGGCGUUCCAUCGUCCCUAUUUCGGCGAAAGGGAUUUGCGCUGGCUCGGCCAGAUCUUGGGAAGAGUUGGCCGUCAUCAUGCAGCGGGAGAUGGGCCCCAAUGCCAAGCGCCAAUACACCCAGCUCAGUCUUGUGGAGCAUUAUUUCCAGAAUCACGACAAGGAGCAUUUCUCGCCCUUUGCGGCUCCGUACGUACGUGAGAUGAAGAGUGCCAUGGCCGCGCUUAAGAAGAGUCAGUUGCAGGGUGAGGCGUCUGUUCCUUCCCAGGAUGCCCAGGCUCAGGACAGCUUCGACAAGCAUACCGGCGAGACCACUGAUGAGGAGAACGAAACCAGCUUCUCUGAGGGAACUGACCACAACGACGGAGAUUACGUUGAUGAUGGAGGUGACGAAGACGGCGAGGGAGACGAUGACGAUGUUGUCGAUGUUGACAACGAUCUUCGCGCCUUUGCUCGGGACCAGCAGAUUGAGACUGCCGCUCGCGCUGUUAACCGUGCUGCGGGUCGACGACCUACUUUCUCAGCCCCUGUGGCUGAUAUGAGCCCUCGUGGCCCUGGCUUGGUGUCCCAGCGCAACAUGUCGCAGGAGCGCUUGUCGCUGCCCCCUCGCCCUCCCAAGGCUGUCACGCGGAACCGCGACUUCCGUGCUCACCCGUACGACAGUCCCAGGGUCUCUCAGCGUGGCCGGCAGCCGCUCCAGGAACGCGCUCGAAUGGGAACCCCUCUCGAGACCAAUAGCUACUAUGACCAAGGCCAUAGAACCCAGGCAUACUACGGACAGCAGCCCAGCCGUCAGUCUUUCUACCAUCAGGGUCCCAGAAUGCAGGGCCACUACGGACAGGAUUCUGGUAGUCACGGCUACUACGAUCAGGGCCCCAGAGCUCAAACUUACGAUCAGAACUCUGGCAACCAGGGCCACUACAACCAGGCGCGCGACUACUACGGCCAGACCACCAUCCCCCAGGGAUUCGACAAUGGCCCCAACUCUGAGACCUACUGGGAUCAGAGCGCCAAGAACCGUGAAUACUACGAGCGGGAGUACGCCGCUCAAAGUCAGCAGUAUAUCAACCAGUGCCAUGGUCGAAGUGACGACAGCCAGGGCUAUCAGGGUCAGACUUCCAGCAGCCGUGGUUACGAUCAGAACCGCAGCGUCGAUGGUUCCGGACAAAACCACGAGAACCGGGGCUACGAUCGUGGCUACGACCAGAGCCAGGCCACUCAGGGCUAUCACGACCAGAACCGUAGCGUUCAGGGCUCCUUCCAUGACCACGAGAACCUCGGCUACGAGCAGAACCAUGCCAACCACGGCUACUACAACCAGGACCGCAGCAUCCAGGGCUCCGACCAGAACCGUGGCUACGAUCAGAACUACGCCAACCAGAGCUACGAUCAGAGCCGCAACCAGCAUGCCCCCGGUAGCCAGGGAUACCACGCGAAUGCUGCGUACAACACUGGUCAGCACCAGAAUGCUCACUCCACGAGCUACAACGGUCACCAGCCUGCCGUGGGAUCCCACCAGUACGGCCAGGAACUCCAGUACCCCCAGUCGCAGCAGUCGAGCAUGGGCUACUUUGACGACCGUGUUGGAAAUCGAGCCAGCUCGGCGCGCGUUGAGCCUCAUGUCAUGCCUCGCUACUCAGAUCAUCAAGUCUCGAUGUCUUCUGGCCGCAGCUCGGUUGCGAUGACGCCCAGCCACGACACCUCCGCGCAGCACAGUGCCGCGCCGUCUCCCGGCUACGUUGGCUAUCCCUCGACCAUUCCGGACUACAUCCAGCGCCCCUCGACUGCCAGCUCUGGUCACCAGCAGCGCUCUCGCCGUCCUUCUGCUCAUCAGCAGGUCAGCGAUGAUCAUCAUCGCCAGGGAGCUCAAAGCAACAGUCGCGAGGAGCCUCAGAAUGAGCAGUUGCAGCAUCCCUCUUCUUCUGCCCCUGUUCGUCAGCCUGCCAACGAGGAUCAGCACCGUCAGGGAGCCUACCAGGAGAAGGAAGCGUUCCGGGCUCCAUCUUUCUCUUCGGUCGCUCGUCAGCAUGCCACCGAGGACUACAGCCGCCAGGGAGCCUAUAUGGAUCGUCACGAGGAGCCCCAGAAUGAGCAGAUCCAGCGUCCCUCUGCCUCAUCUGCCCCUCUCCCUCAGAAUCCUACCGAGUACGCCCCCCAGAGCGAUUACAUGCACAACCAUGGACUGACCGAGGACGAGCGAUUCCCUCGUCCCUACGUCUCUCCCUACCCUCCUCGUCAGCAUCUCAGCGAGCACAGCAACGAUCAGGGCGGCGGCCCGAAGAAUGCCCAUGUGCCUCAUUACGAGCCAGAGAUGUUCCAGGCCUUUGAGGCCGCCUCCUCUCAGCGCAAGGAGGCAACACUGGGGCAUCGCCACUCCAUUACGGAUCUGGAAGCUCUCACAUUGGCAUUGGGCAUUCUAGCUGCAUUCAAAAGGAAGCAGUCGAACGUCGACAUCGGCGUUGAGCAUUCUGGCUGGAUUCGGGCCUUGGUUUAG